UAUUGUCAACCCUCCAUAUACAAGUAUGUAUUUAGGAUGAAAUACUGUUAAACAGUUAAACAGGGAGGCAGUGCAAGACAUGAAACACAUGACAUAAACUGAACAAAUCUGUGCAGGAGACUGAAGUGCAAAAACAAUACAGACUAUAAGACAAGACACUAGACAGACAGUUACAUCUUGUACUUAGAUAAAAAGUAGUAAUAUCACAGUGUAGACAUACAACUAAGUAAAAUUAUUGCAUGAAACAUUUUACUUAAGUAGCCAGUCCCUGUCUUUUUUUCUGGAUUUUUAGGUUUAAGUCCCUCCUCACUUAAAAAUGACUAUGACAUCACAGCUUGUUUGGAGCCAAUCAUGGUCCAGUAUGAAACGUGCUUGUGUGGAAACACUGAGAAUGGAUUUUUCAGUGAGGUGAGGAGGAGAGCGGCGCUGGCGAGUAUUGCGAUAACUUCACAGACCUCAAUCUGUCGCACUGCUUCAUGGGAACCAGACUGUAUGUCCGGCUGCUGCUCUACACCCGCUCCAACCUGGACUGUGGCCGCGAGCUCGACCACCACCACCUGUCCUCUCAGCCGCUCUUCGACGUCUCCCGCCCCACCGCCUUCGUCAUCCACGGCUACCGGCCCACCGGAGCGCCCCCUAUCUGGAUCGACCACAUCGUCCACCUGCUGGCCAAGCAGGAGGACAUGAACGUCAUCGUGGUGGACUGGAACAAAGGCGCCGCCAACCUCAACUACUUCACCGCUGUGACCUACACAAGGGAGGCGGCCCAAAACCUGACCGCGUUCAUCAUGACUAUGCAGGAGGCAGGAGCCCCUCUGAGCUCAGUUCACCUGAUCGGUGUCAGUCUGGGAGCUCACCUGGCUGGAUUUGUAGGAGCAAACCUGAAGGGAAAGAUUGGACGGAUCACAGGUUUGGACCCGGCGGGGCCGAUGUUUACCAGCGCCAUGCCAGACGAGAGGUUGGACCCAUCAGACGCCAUGUUUGUGGACGUACUUCACACCGACAUGAACUCGUUUGGCCUGAGAGGAGCUCAUGGCCACAUUGAUUUCUACGCUAACGGAGGAGCCGACCAACCAGGGUGUCCCAAAACCAUCUUCUCAGGGAAAUCUUACUUCGUGUGCGACCACCAGCGCUCGGUGUUUCUGUUCUUGUGCUCUCUUAACCGGACCUGCAGCCUCACAGGGUACCCCUGCUCGUCCUACAGCGACUUCCUGGACGGGAGGUGUCUGCAGUGUGAGGCCUUUAAACCGGCGCCCUGUCCUGUGCUCGGUUAUGACGUCAGCCAGUGGAGGGAAACUCUGCUGCAACUCGGACAGACCAAAGUGUUCUUCAGCACCACCGCAACACCGCCCUACAAGAAGCUGAACUACAGAGUGGACAUGGUGACGUGGAACCAGUAUCUCCGCUGGGGAGUCGUCUACAUCCGGCUGCACAGCGGCAGAAACUUCACAGAGGCUCGAGUAGACCAUAAGCUCCUCCGGUUCGAGCAGUACACCUCCACACGCCUGCUGGCCCAGUUCGAUGAGGAUCUGCAGCACGUCCAGAAAAUCUCCCUCCGCAUCAACACCGGCAAUGUGAUCGGCCCGCGUUACAAGAUCAGACUUCUGCGAAUACGCUUCACACCGCUGGAACGUCCUGAGAGGCCGCUGAUGUGCCGUUUUGACAUCAUCAUGGAGGAAAACAUGGAGGUGGCGUUUCGACCUUUACCCUGCGACCCUCGCCUCUAACUCCCUGACCCGGACGCUCCUCCUCUUCUUCUUCUAUGGUAACACAUGUAACUCACCCUAAAC